AACUUAUACCUUUGGAAAUCCAUGUUUCUUGAAUUAGUUCAUGCAUUUCUUGAAAUCCAAAAACACAAAACACCCUUUGAAAGUAUCUCUAUUGUGGAAAUUUCCAACAUCUUUUUUUUGGCUAAAAGUGUAAAAAAGAUUUAAUCUUUACCCAAUAUUUGGUUUAUGUCAACACUUUCCAACAUCUUGAAAAAGAUUUGAUCUUUACCAACAUUUGGUUUCCAUUUUUAUGGCUAUUUCUUGUUAACACUUUUCAACUUCCUUUUAAGCUGAAACAAGUGAAAAAGAUUUGACCUUUAACCAAAAAAAUGGUUUCUAUUUCAAUGUCCACUUCUUGUUAAAACUUUCCAACAUCUUUUUAGGCUGAAAAAGAUUUGAUCUUUAACCAAGAAUUGGUUUCUAUUUCAACUUUUCAAUGGCUACUUCUUGUUUCAAUCCAUUUAAGCUGCGAAGAUCGAGGAGCAAACCGUUAUCUGUUCCUUCCUCCUCAUCAAGAAAACAGUGGAAUUCAGCUAAUAUAGAAACAAUGGAGAAGAAGAGAUUUGAUAGUUUGGAAUCAUGGUCAAUGAUAUUGGAAUCUGAUAAUUUUGAGACUUGGGAAACUUCAAAAGAGGAUCAAAAAGAAGAAUGGACAGCUGAUUUAUCUCAGCUUUUUAUUGGUAAUAAAUUUGCUUCUGGUGCUCAUAGCAGAAUUUAUAGAGGGAUUUAUAAGCAGAGAGCAGUUGCUGUGAAAAUGGUGAGGAUUCCAACUCAUAAGGAGGAGACUAGAGCUAAGCUUGAACAACAGUUCAAGUCUGAAGUUGCUUUGCUUUCUAGACUCUAUCAUCCCAAUAUAGUUCAGUUCAUCGCCGCGUGUAAGAAACCUCCUGUGUACUGUAUCAUCACAGAGUACAUGUCACAAGGAACUCUAAGGAUGUACCUCAACAAGAAAGAGCCAUACUCACUCUCAACAGAAACAAUUCUGAGGUUAGCCCUCGAUAUAUCGCGAGGAAUGGAGUAUCUUCAUUCACAAGGGGUGAUCCAUAGAGACUUGAAAUCGAGUAAUUUACUCUUAAAUGAUGAGAUGCGUGUUAAGGUCGCGGAUUUUGGCACGUCAUGUCUUGAAACACAAUGCAGAGAGGCUAAAGGUAAUAUGGGAACGUAUCGAUGGAUGGCACCAGAGAUGAUCAAGGAGAAACCUUAUACGCGGAAAGUUGAUGUUUACAGUUUCGGGAUUGUGCUGUGGGAACUCACAACAGCUUUGUUACCGUUUCAAGGAAUGACACCAGUUCAGGCUGCUUUUGCUGUUGCUGAAAAGAACGAACGACCACCUAUGCCAGCAAGUUGUCAACUGGCGCUUGCACAACUUAUAAAGCGUUGCUGGGCAGCUAACCCUUCGAAGAGGCCAGAUUUCACAUACAUUGUAUCUGCACUCGAAAAGUACGAUGAAUGUGUCAAGGAAGGGCUUCCAAUGACCCUUCAUUCAGGGCUAGUUAGCCGGAACGCCAUUAUUGAACGUUUGAAAGGCUGUGUAUCCAUGAGUUCUUCAUCUAUACCUGUAAAUGUUUGAAUCUUUUAUCAAUCAAUAAUAAUUCUUAGUCAUUUAAUAUAUCAUUCUAAUUGUUCAA